AUGGAGCAAAGUCAUUUUGGAGGCUCAAGAGCCAACGGUGGCACCAGCAAUGGUACCGGUGACGCCUUUGGACAAGCAUCUGGAGUGUCGCAUUAUACUUUGCCCGGAGUAAUGCAGUAUUUGCAGUCGCAGUUUACCACAGUGGAGCGCAACAGGAUGAUGUCUGAUUUGGAAAGGUCAGCUUUGAAACUUCGUAUUGUGGAGCUCGAAAGCGAAAGAAAUACGCUCAAGCUCCAAAAUGAAAAGUUGAGAGCUCGUGUGGAGGAAUUGGAAAAGGAACACACACAGACCAAGGAGCCUUCGACAGAUGAAUCAAAUGUUGAUCGUCUGCUUGCUGUGGACAAUAUCGAUGUCACAAGACUUGUGAAGGCAAGACAAUUCCUAAAGACGGCAACAAACGAGAUUCUUUACAUGCUGAAAAGUCCGACGGUCGAGCUUUCAGACCCAUUGCAUUUUUCUAAAGAUGAGACAUAUGAAUUUUACUCUAACCUUAACGCACGCUCGACGCCAUCACAAAAGGCCAGCACACUAUCUUCUCAGGAUAGUGCUGCUGCUGAUUACCUAGAUAUGGCUAUUUCACUAGAGGCCAACACCAAGCCACACAAUGACGCUAAUCACAAAGUCCCUGCACAGGCUGUUGCUAAGCCAUCCAAAACCACGGUUAUAAACGAAACCAUCGGCAAAUGUUUUUUGGUCGAUGGAUUGUUAUUUGCGUACCUACCGGAUAAGAAAUGCAUCAACGUUUGGUCUAACUCCGAGAAUGGUGUUGAUUUGAAACACACCGUUUUGGUGGGCUCCACAAAAGUGGAAGACGUACUUUAUCACAAAGAGGUGCUGAUUGUUUUGAGCGUCAAACAGGUUCUUGCGUUUAAGCUGGAAACCAAAGAAAACUCACUUCCGCUCGCCACGUACGAGUGGGACGAACCUAUACAGUUUGUCGAUUUUAGGGAGGACAGACUCGUCGCCGUUUUUGAUGACAAGGUUGAAAUACUCAAGAUAGAGCGUCAAGAUGAAUGUUUUGAGCCGAUAUAUGCCAUUGACCGCAAUUCCGACAUUAAGUUUCUGGCAGCCAAAUUCACAAACCUGCACGAUUAUGAUCUAGCAAUUCUCUCUAACAAAUCAUUGAUUUUGCGCAACACAAAACAACAAUUCAAAAGCAAGCUCACGAAAACGAAAGCAUGGAACGCAAAAACUUUUGAUAAUGUCAUUGUGACACCGGAGUAUGUUCUCUCACGAGAAAAAACAACUCUCUCUUGCAUUUGGUAUAAAGAUCUCUCUUCUGACGAACGCGUUAUUGAAGAGCUUUCGGAUAAGGCUCAACUAGGCUUUUCACUUGAUGACCCAGGCCUGGUGUUUGUCGUGAGCCCCAAAAAUAAUGGCUCCCAGUUGUUAUUCUAUCAAUGGAGUGACGAUGAGUGCAGCGUUUCUUCUCAGAUGGAAUUGGACGAGCAGUUCAAGGAGGUGUGCGUGGGACAGUUUGGCGGUAAAGGAGCAGUUGUGGGGGUUUCCGCAACCGGUAUCUCUCUUUUCAACGAAUGGGAAAUAAUUUAA